AUGGAUAUAAUAUUUGGCAGAAAUAAGAAGGAACAACUGGAGCCUCUGAGGGCCAGAGUGAGAGGCAGGAUUCCAGCAUGGCUGCAGGGGACCCUGCUCCGCAAUGGGCCUGGGAUGCACACAGUGGGCGAUACCAGAUACAACCACUGGUUCGAUGGCCUGGCCUUGCUCCACAGCUUCACAAUCAGAGACGGUGAAGUCUAUUACAGGAGCAAAUACCUGAGAAGUGAUACCUACAAUGCCAAUAUUGAAGCGAACAGGAUUGUGGUGUCAGAAUUUGGAACCAUGGCCUAUCCGGACCCCUGCAAAAACAUAUUUUCCAAAGCUUUCUCCUACCUGUCCCACACCAUCCCUGAUUUCACAGACAACCAUCUGAUCAACAUCAUGAAGUGUGGAGAAGACUUCUAUGCAACCACGGAGACCAAUUACAUCAGGAAAAUCAACCCCCAGACCCUGGAAACCCUGGAGAAGGUUGAUUAUCGUAAACACGUGGCUGUAAAUCUGGCAACAUCACAUCCUCAUUAUGAUGACGCUGGAAAUGUUCUCAACAUUGGCACGUCCAUCGUGGACAAGGGGAAGACAAAAUAUGUGAUCUUUAAGAUCCCUGCCGCAGUAUCAGGUGGGUCAUUCUGGGGCUGGAGGCCCCUGAAGCACAUGGAGGGGUUCUGCUCCAUCGCCUCGCGCUCGCUCCUCUCGCCGAGCUAUUACCACAGCUUCGGAGUCACCGAGAGCUACAUCGUUUUCCUCGAGCAGCCUUUCAAGAUGGAUAUCCUUAAGAUGGCAACCGCCUACCUCCGGGGCGUGAGCUGGGCUUCCUGUCUGGCUUUCCACAGGGAGGACAAGACUUACAUUCACAUCAUUGACCAAAGGACGAGGAAGCCCGUGCUGACCAAAUUUUACACGGACCCCAUGGUGGUGUUUCAUCACGUCAACGCCUACGAAGAGGAUGGCUGCCUUCUGUUCGACGUCAUUGCCUACGAGGACAGCAGCCUUUACCAGCCCUUCUACUUGGCCAGCCUGAACAAGGACUUUGAGGAGAACUCCAGGCUCACCUCCAUCCCAGCCCUCAAGAGGUUCGCAGUGCCCCUCCACGUGGACAAGAAUGCAGAGGCGGGCUCCAAUUUAAUCAAACUGUCAUCUACAACAGCAAGAGCCCUGAAGGAAAAAGAGGACCAAGUCUACUGCCAGCCGGAGUUGCUUUAUGAAGCCUUAGAGCUGCCUCGGAUCAAUUAUGCUCACAACGGGAAGCGAUAUCGCUAUGUCUUUGCGGCUGAAGUCCAGUGGAGCCCCAUCCCAACCAAGAUAAUAAAAUACGACAUUCUCAUGAAGUCAUCCUUGAAGUGGGGAGAGGUGCACUGCUGGCCGGCGGAGCCGGUGUUCGUGCCCACACCGGGCGCCGAGGACGAGGAUCACGGGAUUAUCUUAUCAGCCAUUGUCUCUACCGAUCCCCAGAAGCUGCCUUUUCUGCUGGUUCUGGAUGCCAAAACUUUUACAGAAUUGGCUCGUGCCUCCGUUGAUGUAGAGAUGCACCUGGAUCUCCACGGGCUGUUCAUCCCAGGUGCCGACUGGGAUGCAGGGAAGCAGGCCCCUUCCCGGGAGGAGCGGGACAGGGCUGCUGAGCGCCGUGUGGCCCCAAGGACCUGA